UUGGAGAAGAGCCACAACGGGAAACAGAGGUAUAGACUUAGGAGAUAAGGGAUUUAAAUGGGCAGAUGCUAAAAAUCUGCAGCUAAAGCAUCUAUUUUAUUGAAAAUAGACCAGUAUUCGGUGGAAAUAGUCAUUUCAAAAGUAACUGACACCUGUUACAACUUGGUUUUUCCUUGAUCUCGUUAGAAAAUGUCUGCUGUGUGUAGGAUAUGCAAGAACAGUUGUGGAGCUAAAACCAGAUUGGGCCGGUUGUCCCGGUGGGACACGUGUACAUCAGAGACAGUGAGGAUUUUGGAGGGAUCUGAAGUGGAACACUGGUAAAGCUGCAACUGUUCUUCAUGCUUUAAAUAUAAAACUGCAGAUUUUAAUAGCAAAAAAGAGCUGAAGUAGAAGAAAGAAGUAAGCAUAAGAACAAAAUGCACUAAAGAAAGUCAAGAGAAUUAACACCUGAAGAGAAGAGAAUGUUUUAAUGCUGAAGGAUAUGUGAAGUGUACUGACCAAACCCAUAGGCAAUCGGCAGCUGUGCAGUUACAGCAAGCUGUAUGUAAGGGCAAAAAAAUUGAGGAAUAAAAUUGGCUCACGAACCCACUUAAGUCUCAAGUUUGAUGUUAUUCCACUGUGAAGUAACAAUAAAGCACAGUAAUUUUGUGUAAGGGAAACUAAAGGUAACUAUAGAAAGGAAGAAGGAUGGCAUUUUUGGAAGUGUUGUUAAUGGUCUGGAACUGGAUUGAUGCAUUUGAGACAUAAAUUUAUUAAAAGACUGCUAGAGUUUCCUAAAUACAUCAUAUUUUGUGUAUUUCUACAGGUAAUCAGGAUGAUGUGCUAUUUGAAUAACUGUGAAACUUCCACAGACUCCUGCAGUUGGUUUUUGUUUCCUUUGAAAAUGAAAUUAUAGAACUUACACAAAACUGUUGAAGAUGGGAGGCGCAGUGAGUGCGGGAGAAGAUAACGAUGAGUUAAUUGAUAACCUGAAGGAAGCACAAUACAUCCGGACAGAACUGGUAGAACAGGCGUUCCGAGCCAUUGAUCGAGCAGACUACUAUCUGGAAGAGUUCAAAGACAAUGCCUAUAAAGACUUGGCAUGGAAACAUGGAAAUAUUCAUCUCUCGGCACCGUGCAUUUACUCUGAGGUGAUGGAAGCUUUGGAUCUACAGCCAGGGCUGUCAUUUUUGAAUCUCGGCAGUGGCACCGGUUAUCUGAGUUCCAUGGUUGGACUCAUCUUGGGUCCUUUUGGUGUUAAUCAUGGUGUGGAGCUUCAUUCUGAUGUGAUUGAAUAUGCGAAGCAGAAACUGGACUUCUUCAUCAAAACAAGUGAUAGCUUUGACAAAUUUGAAUUUUGUGAGCCAUCUUUUGUUACCGGCAAUUGUUUAGAGAUUUCUCCGGACUGUACUCAGUAUGACCGUGUUUACUGUGGUGCGGGAGUACAGAAGGAACAUGAAGACUACAUGAAGAAUCUGCUGAAAGUUGGAGGAAUUCUUGUCAUGCCUCUGGAGGAGAAGUUGACUAAGAUAACACGCACUGGUCCUUCUGCCUGGGAAACCAAGAAGAUUCUUGCUGUUUCUUUUGCUCCUUUGAUUCAGCCUAACCAUGCAGAUUCGGGAAAAUCGAGGCUUGUACACUUGCCGCCAGUGGCUGUUCGCAGCCUCCAGGAUCUGGCUCGCAUAGCCAUCAGAGGAACCAUUAAAAAAAUAAUACAUCAAGAAACGAUGAGCAAAAAUGGGAAUGGGCUGAAGAACCCCCCAAGGUUUAAACGAAGACGUGUGCGUCGCCGUCGCAUGGAAACUAUUGUUUUCUUGGACAAAGAGGUCUUCGCUAGUCGCAUCUCCAACCCAUCGGAUGAUAACAACAACUGUGAGGAGUUCGAGGAUGAGAGACGAGAAGAGGAAGAAACUAAACCCUCUGAACUAAAGCCAGAUCCCCCUGUAAACUUUCUGAGAGAAAAGGUCUUAAGUCUGCCUUUGCCUGAUCCCUUGAAAUAUUACCUGCUUUAUUAUAGAGAAAAGUAAUUUCCUUCUCCUAGAAAGUGGGAAGUAGACAGAAAAUAAAGUACUACUUAGGGCUUGACAAAUGUAUACCACUUGCUUGCCUGCUAAUAUGACCACACAAGGCAGUAGGCUGGCUGGGGAAUGUGGCUGCUGUAUACUUAAACAUUAUAGCUUUUUUUAAGUUUCUUUCUCCUCGGUUGUGUGCUAUAGUUUUAUCCUACAGCAGGGUUUCCUUAGGAAGCAAGUUGGUGAAAUGCUUGGCUGCUUACAGAAAGGAGGAUUUAAUUCCCUGAAGCUAACUGCACAGAGAUGUUUUGAAAUCUCGUGGCUGCUCUACCAAAUUGCAGUUUUAAAAUAUUCUUAAGCAGCUCCCCAAAGACCUUUGUCCAUGCUCUCUCCCACUAAACCUGCCAUGGGUCUAUAUUGGUGUGUGUUUAAUGGAAAAUGAAGAUUAUUAGUAAAAACUGACCUGGCAAAUCUUGUUUCUUCCAGAAAUCUGAAAAAGCACAACUUUUACAGACAUGAAAGAAAAGUUUUUGGCGUUAACCCUUGAGGCAUCCAGGUUUUGAAUGAAUGCAGAAGGAAAGCAUCAGCUCCCCUUUGGUUGGUCUCAGUUUUGCUUAUAAACUAUAUAUUUUUAGUAAAAGGUAGAAAUGUCUUACAAAGCAUUAGUUUUCUUCAUGGGGAAACAUCUAUUUUAGAGAAAUACAAUCUAAUAUGAGAUGUGGAGUUUUUUGGUUUUUUUAAUGGAACGUAAGGCAACUGCUGCGAAGCUGCUUAGCUGGCUUUGGCAGGAUGCUAGGGUAGUCGCAUUUGUGACUGUUGUCUCUGGAAAUGUUUACGGAGUAAUUCUGAAUGGAGGAGAGGGCAGACAAGGAGAUGUGUAGCAGUGAGUUUGUGAGAACUGACUGUGAAAGCAAUAUCUGCAGAUUUUUCUGUUGUGUGAGAUAGUGUGUAUCUGUUGGGUUGAACGAAGUGGAGUGCAGAGAGCUAGCCUGGACAGAGUGGCUUGUAUUGUGGGAUAUCAGCCAAACUUGGUUUCGUACAGGGUAUGUAGAAACUGGAAACAGUCUAGGAAGCCAAAUUCAGUGGUCGUGCUACUGAUGUAGUUCUUGGGUGUUGCUCUCUGGGCCUCCGCUGUAGUAAGGCGACUAGAACAUAACUUGGGUACACCUAGCCCCCGCGCAGUAGGUGGAGUGAGGUCUUGGUAGUUCAUUUUAUGCCUGCAGCAGUUAAGUGGAUGCUCUAACUCGUUUAUAUAGAAAGACUUUGCACUCUGCAGUUUUGUGGAUGUGAAUUCUAAUCUUUAUUCCCCAGUCUUCCUGUAAUGGUGAUGGAAAGAGACUUCAGGUUUGGAAGGGUGAGUUUACUUAGUUCAGCCUGUCUGAAAAAUUUGUCUAAACUAUCAGAGGCUAGAAAGAAACCCUUGAACCUGUGUUAUAUGGAGUACCCCUAAAGCUGGCAGAAGACAAAAUCCUCUCAGUAGUAGUGCAGCUGUGUUAAGAAAGUAUUGCCCCAUCAGAAGCACUUAUGUUGGUAUAAUUUUGAUUUUUUUUUAUGCUGUCUUGAUUUCUGAAGAGGAAUGAGUGAAGACUGUCUUGCCAAAAACAUGCUGCGUAUUCAGUUAAUGGCAUUGAGCUGCACAGCUUGCAUUAAUGAUAAAUAGUGUUUUAAAGUUCUGGCACAGCUUUGAAACUAAACGGAUAACUGCUGUACAUCUAAGCCCGAGGUGGAGAAUUCUUCCUUGCUUAAUAGGCUUUUUGUAUAUCUUUGAGAACAUUAUCUGAUAAUACACAGCGUCAUGUGGCUAGUGUCCUAUAAUAGGAAAUAGUCAUAGGCCAUAUCUUGCCUCCCGUGUCUUAAUUCUCCACUUCUGGUCUAGAUGGAAGCCCCAAGCUAUCCUCCUCCCUUAGAUUUCUGUUUCUGUAUUUUAAAUGGGGCAGUUUUGUAGCCACUGAGCUGAUGAUUUUCUGUAAAUUUACAAGUAGCCAUUUUUAUAACUUUGGCAACUACAAUGAAUUUCUUUUUCUACAGAUGUUUAUCCUGAAUAUGGUGGUAAAUGGAGGCCUAAUAGAUUCUAUAUGUAAUGUUUCUUUGUGCUUCCCCAAAGGCUGUUAUUUCUAGAUUUCUUAGCCAUUUCUGCUUAAUAGCUGUCAUGCUAGGAAUGUGCCUUUCUAUAAUAUGGCACAAUUUACAUGCCCCUGCAUAGUAUGGGGUGCCACCCACAUUAGCCUAUCAGGUCAUCCUUUAGUUUAUUAAUUGCAGAACUUUCUAUGGAUGUCAUAAAGAAGUUACUUUAAAAAUUAAAGUUGAGGCUUAUAUGAAUAAAUCUCACUCAGAUUCUGUUAAAACUGACUUAGUUAAGGGAGAGUGUCUUUCGUUUAGCCGUGUUCAAUUCUUCCCUCCUUCUUCCCUCUCCCCAUAAUUAUAAAAGAUAUUUUAUCAGAUUUUUUCACCAGAUCUGCCUUUUUUAUUACAUUUGCUAGAUUUUUGUAGCAUUCUAUAAACUGCAUAAAAUACUGCUAUUUUUCCUGGAUAAGGUUGAAUAAAUAUAUAUACAGGCAAUUUAUGUUCUGGUUGUCAGAUUGUCCCCCUGUCCAAAAAAAACCCCCCACAGAUCCAAACAAACCCAUAGUAGAAAUUUUAUGUGUAAUAUAACUGUGAAAUAGUAUUGCUUAUAGCCUGUAAAUGAAGGGGAACUGUAAAUACAUUUUCCCUGUGCACAAGCACUUGCACUGUAGUUUUGUAUGCAUUUUUAGUAGAGUAAUUGUAGCAUAAUUGUUUUUGUAUAGUCUGUCUGUAAGCUCUCUAGGAAUUUUACCUGCUUUUACUGUUUCUUUUUGUAUUCUAAUAGUCUUCAUUUUAAUUGUAUGUGACUCCAUUCUAGGUUUCGAUAGCGCAGUAAAUGUGCAAAAAGAAACAAACUUCAAAACUGCUUUAAUCAUCAGUGUGUAAGUUGAAAAAUCUAUGUAUAGAAAUUAUAGUAAAAUUGGCUUGAGGCAUGCGAAAAUGUUAUGCAAUUUAAAAACUUUAUUAAGUGUUUCUGUAUCAAUAAAUUCAGUAAAGACUUUUUAGCCUUCUUAA